AUGAAAGCCGUGCAAAUCAGUCAAUACGUCUCUGGGCCACAUGAGCUCACGGUGACCAACCUCCCAACCCCGACUCCGCACCCCGACAAAUACCUGAUCAAGAUCCGCGCGUGCGGCACCAACUUCUUCGACAUCCUACAGAUCCAAGGUAAAUACCAGCAUCAGCCGCCCUUACCAUGGCUGGCCGGGAUGGAGUUCGCGGGCGUCGUGAUCGCCACGCCAACGGGGACCUCGUCGACCUCGGGCGCCGUGGCCAGCAGCAUCGACGGCACGAUCAGCACCCGCACGAACCACCAGUUCAAAGUUGGUGACAGGGUGUUUGGAGCCAACCAGGGCGCAUACGCGACGCAUGUCUUGGCCGCGGAGCAGUCGCUCUUCCCUGUCCCCGAGGGCUGGUCGUUCGCGGACGCAGCGGGCGUCUACGUGACGACGCCAACUGCGUAUGGUGCGUUGGUGACGCGCGCGAAGACACAGCCCGGAGAGUGGGUGCUUGUGCACGCCGGUGCUGGAGGUGUCGGUUUGUCGGCGGUCCAGAUCGCCAAGGCACUUGGAGCGGUCGUCAUUGCCACCGCAGGCUCGGAGCGGAAACGACAGGUCUGCUUGGACUACGGCGCCGACUAUGUCAUCGAUUAUAGGAACAAAGACUGGCCGCAGCAGGUGAUUGCACUCUGCGCCAAGCACCGGACAGGCAAUGGCAAGGCCGGAGUGGACGUCGUCUACGACCCCGUUGGCAUGAUCGACGUCUCGAUCAAGUGCAUAGCCUGGAACGGCCGACUCUUGGUAAUCGGCUUUGCGGGUGGAAACAUCGAAAAGGUCGCUUUGAACCGCGUACUCCUGAAGAACAUCAGCAUCGUGGGUCUACACUGGGGCAUGUACAACACCAAGGAGACGGAGACGGUCAAGGAGGUGUGGAAGGGCAUUUUCGACCUGAUCGCCUCUGGUAAAUUGAAGGGCAUCACAUACACAGAUAAAACAUAUAAGGGCCUCGAAACCAUCCCAGCCGCUCUGACGGCCCUUGGUGCGAGAGAUACAUGGGGCAAGGUUGUUGUCGAGUUGGGAGAGAAUGAAGGUGAGGAUGCCCGGAGUAAGCUGUAG